AUGGCAUGUACUGAUAAAAAAGAAAAUACAGUUCACAGCGUCGAUAGUGACGUCUUUGAUGUAGAAGAUCAGCAACAAAGUGAUGAAAACGAAGGCAACUCGAUAGAACUCAUACGAAGAUGUAAUAGAGAAACUGAUAUCGAUACAUCUUGGGAUAAAAGUCUAUACAGUGAUUUAAAACUGAGUGAUAACAAUAAAACACCACCAUUUCAACCAGUUAUAAUGUCUGACGUAAGUCCCAGCAGCAGGACAAAUACCUCAACACAGACCGAUAUAGGACAGGAGGAAGAUUUGACGAAUAUUAAUUUGUCGUUUAGUAAAUAUUUUGACAUGGAGGAUUCCAGUUCCUCCGAGAGUGUAGGGAAAAGACUGCGUCGAGAUUCACAAGAAGAAUAUCAACGCCCAUGCAAAAAGACCAAAUGUGAUGAUUUUGGUCUAUCAGAAAGAGAGGUAAACAUUGGUACAUCAAACUCUUCAAGGCAUAUUUUAUCAUCCGAAUCGGAGGUGUCCUUCGUAUCUGUGAACAGUAACUACUCCUAUAAGACACGAAAAAAAAGACGACGGUCAGAGUCGACCUUGCUUAGAGAUGCCCUUCAAAGAGCUGGCAAAAAUUUUCACACAAAUAAUAAUUGUUCCAUCAGCAAUGCUUCAGUGUCUGGGAGUCCUAGAAAAGAGAAAAAUCUGCGCAGGAGCGUAAGGCCGAAAUCUUGGCGAGUGAUGGAUUUGUGCACUUGGAUCGGGAGAAAGGGGUAUCAGUCCAUUACUGGUCUCUAUGCGGACAUGUUAAAGGAACCUAUCAAAGGAAAGGAGAAGAAAGAUGAAAGAUUAUCAGAGGACCUGUUGGAUCUGAAGAAAAAUGUGGAAGAUAUGAAGCACGAAUUGAAGGGACUUAAGAAAUUCGUAGAAGAAAUGAACCAGGAAAUGAGAGACGUCAAGAAGUAUGUAGAAGAUUUAGACAAGAGUCAAAAGCGGCAGACCAGCGAGACAGAAGAUUUGCGACACAAGGUGGGCAGACAUGAGAGCGAAAUUGAAGACCUUCAGGGUAAGAUAAGCCGCCUGGACUCGCAACAGAAAGCGCCAUCUUGCCCUCCCCCUCCGCCACCUCCUCCUCCCCCUCCUCCUCCGCCACCUCCACCACCACAGCCUUCAAAGCUCCCAGUCAGGACCAACAUCCAGAGGUGCGGUUCAGCUCCACCAACUGUCGGACCGAGACUUACUAUCACACCACAAGAUAUCGCGAAUGUUAAACUGAGGAAGACCAAGGAUAACCCAGUUCGGCCAAAACCUACGCCAAAAGAACGUCCUCAGCUCCUAGUGACCCAACACAUGUUAGAGACCACGCGGGCAAAACUGGGCCGAGCCAAACCCGUGGCUUCGUCUACUCCUAAGCAACAGCUCAGCGAAUUGGAGAAAUGUCUUCUACAAGAGGUAUCAGUGACGUCACUUUAUAGGCGUCGUGUGACGCGCGGCUCGUUCCGCAGUGCGGAAGAGCUCCGUCCGCGGCCUUAUCCCGCCGCCAGGUGUCGCUCGCCAAGGUCGCCUCGGACUCGAACGGCGUCACUGUCCCGAAUUACCCCAAUCACCCCAAUCGAAUUUUCACUUCUGUUGCCCAAUGAGUGA